AGUUUUUAUUUUUAUACUGAACAAAUCCUUUAAAACACAGUUAAGUAGCACAUUUCUUGCCAAUGAUACUACUUCCUCAACAGGUGUCCAGUCCCACAAUAAAAGCCACUCAAUUGUAAAACUAGUAGUAGAAUGUGGUUAACCCUGAGGAUAUCUGCUUGGGUCCCUAUGUUGCUUUGAUGCAUAGGAUAUUAAGUUUUUAUGUUCCCCUCGAUAGAUCCUUUAGCUGCUAUACUACCUAUAGUAAGCCUGACUCAGACUCCUAGCUGAUCUGUCCCUCAUAUUAGCUAUUCAUAUCCUUUUUUAUUGACUCAUCCUGACUCCAUGCUACUUUCCUUCAGCAUGUGGAGUUCAUAGACUGUGAUCCUCUUCUUAUUAUGGACUACUAAACCCAUUCAAUAUCUCUGGCCAAUAAGCAGUUUCUUCCUCCAUCAGGGACUGUCUUACCUAGAUGGAGAAGGCGUUUGAAGGGAGUUUGCUCCAUGUCUACAUGGGUUUUCUCUGGGUACUCCGGUUUUCUCCCACACUCCAUAUACAUACUGACAGGUUCAUUGGCUCCUGAUAAAAAUUGGUUCUACUAUGUGUAAAUGUGAUAAGGCUCUUAGAGUGUAAGCUCCACUGGGUCAGGGGCUGAUGUGAAUGAUGUAUAAUAUCAGUAUAGUGUUGCUGAAAAAUAUAAAUGGAGAAACCUCCACCCUGAGCCUCCCAAUGAAUUUCUUUCUGAAUACCUGAAGGACUAAAUACACAUCUUCACAUGGGGGUCCCAGCCUUUCUGCUUUACCAGUGGUCCAGCAUCUAUAAAGUGUAAAUGGAAAAAUGUCCAAACCUGUACACUAGUGGCACUCUUUUUUUAUUUGUCAACAUUCGGGAUUCACUUUUUAGGUGGUUGUCCUAAUACAAAAAUCUCAAUGUAAAUAUAUAAACUAAAUGAUAAUGUUCACACCAGCCUCACUGGUGCUUGACACUACUCGAAUCUUUCCACCAAUUAGCCCAUUAUAACCUUACAAAUGAAUGAAAUGCCUUAUAAAUCUACAGUUAUAUCCUGCUUUUCUCCCCGCCCCAUGAGAGAGAGAGUUGGGGAUGUUACUAAAGCGGAAUUAAAAAAAAAAAGAACUAUCAGAAACUGACGUACAGCCUGGUGACUUGGUUUGAAGGGUUUUUUAUUUCUCUGUGCUGGCCCAGCGCUUCGUGUGAUUGUAGCUUCCGUUAUUUCCUUCCGCAAGAUUUAAAAUAACCUCUAGAAGGAAGAAAAAAAAAAUGAAGAGAGAAGAAGCUGCUGAGUUGUUUCAGGAUGUACAUGUGCCAAUCUUACCACACUGACACUGCGCCUCACAUCCAAGUGCCUGGGGCUCGCUGCACUUCUUAAUAAUCCUGUUUCUCCCUGUGUCAGUACAUGACUUUACCUGCUUCAUUUUGGAUCCUGUCAGCUGAAGUGAUUCCCAUGAUGCUAUGCGCUCAUCUAAGUGUGGAGCGAUUUUAAUGCUAUGGCCAAUGUGUCCUUUUGGCUUCUACUGGCUUUCAUGUACUUAACAUUACCAUGGAAAUAUAAUGGUGCCAAAGGCAAAUUGUCCGAAAAUGGCUGCAAACUGUUUCACAGGCUUGCUGAUUGUAGCCAUUUACAGCUUUUGUCAGUUCCUCAGAACCUGCCUACUGAUAUUCAAGAGCUGCUUCUAGAUUUCAAUCAAAUAAAGAUUCUGCAUAAAAAUUCCUUUCUAAGAUAUCAUGACUUAACAAGCCUUAGUGUGCAAUCUAAUAGAAUGGAAUUUGUGGAGCCAGGAGCCUUCAAUGGCAUAAGGAGACUGGAAGUCCUCUCACUACAGAACAACACUAUAAAUAGGAAAUAUGAAUUAACUUCUGCAGCUUUAAGAUUUACCCCUUCCCUUAAGAAACUGGAUUUGUCUAGGAAUGCGCUUACAAUGGAUAUGGUACCAGUUCUUCUUCAGGACAUGACGUCCCUAGAGAACCUCCUUUUGGACAACAAUAUUAUCAUGCGCUUGGAACAAACUGCGUUUGAGGGCCUAGUUCAUUUAAAGGAGUUAAGUUUGAGGUGGAACUACAUUUAUGAAAUUGAAGGUGGUACAUUUGAGGGACUUGUGAAACUGAAGAAAUUAGAUUUGGCUUAUAACCUAUUGCCAUGCAUUGGUGACUAUAGACUAACACAAAUCCAGAUGCUCAAUUUAAGCUUCAACAACCUUGAAUGGUUCGAGUCACGAGAGACUGAUGCUGAAUUCCACUUGGAGAUGUUGGACAUUUCCAACAACCAGCUGCUCUUCUUCCCACUCUUGCCCAGGCAACACCGUCUGCACACGCUGCUGCUCUCCAAUAAUAAGAUGAGGUUCUACAGUGACAUUUUUGGCACAAACUCCAGUGCUGAUUUUCUGAUUAUAGAAAAUAACAUCACAUCUGUCACUACAGUUGGCCUUUGGAGUGAUGAUAUACAUAGCAACCUCUCCACAUUGCAUUACCUUGAUAUGAGCCAUAACCAAUUUGCUUACUUUCCCCUUGGAUUUUUUUCCAACUUGAGCUCAUUGUCUUACUUAAAACUUAACUGGAACUGUUUACAGAAAUUUGGUGUUUCACCAUCAGACAUUUCCAGUUUACUUGAUGAACUUGAUCUCAGUAAUAACGAGCUGGUUGAGCUACAAGCAGACAACAUCUCUCCAGGCAUCUUGAGUCUUUGCUAUUUUAACCUGAGCAGCAACGAUUUACACACUCUUCCCAGGAACAUCUUCACAUCCAUGACAAGGAUACAUACAAUUGAUUUGAGCAAUAAUCCACUUCACUUGUGUUCUCAGUCUGAGCUGACAAUGGGUGAAGGAGAAUGUGUAGAUAUUAGAAAUGUGUCAUCCCUCAGGCGCCUUUAUUUGUCUGGUUGUGGGAUGGAACUGAAUUUGCACAGAGUUUUCUAUGGAAACACAUUAACACAUUUGGACCUUUCUUAUAACAGUAUUAAAGGCUUUAUCUUUUUAGAUGACACUGCAAGAACACUACAGUCUCUCUUCCUAAGGAGCUGUCUAGAAUUUAACAUCACUGUUGAUUUCUCUGUUUUUAUGAGUUUGACUGUCCUUGAUAUAUCUGGAAAUUCCCUCACUACAUUCCCUGCCUCUCUAACUGGACUGGCACUUCAUUACUUGGACCUCCGCAACAAUAACCUGAUUUACCUUCCCUUGUACAAUACACAACGUCUGCUUGGGAACCUUAAAACUGUAUAUAUAAGUAACAACCCAUUUGAUUGCUGUGAACUGGGUUGGAUGAAUGUACUUAUCAGUUCCAUUAGCAUUCCUGAUCUUCAGAAGGUGAUGUGCAAGUUCUCCAGUAGAUAUUUGCCAGUACGGAAUCUUCCAGAGUCCAUAAAUCAAAGCUGUCAGUGGACAAAUAAAGGAACUUGGCUGUACUUGCUGCUCACACUGCCGGUUUGCCUGACUUUACUUGUGGCUCUUCUCUUGCUAUUUUUGACUUUCAAGCACACACUUUUAAAGACAGUUAAAAGACGAUGCAGGAGAUCCACUAGUUACUGAGAUCCAGUGUUCAGCACAUGCAAUAAUCAAGGGAGAAUUGCUUAUAAAACCUUUUGGGAUUUUGUAUUAUAACAGGAUAAUAUUGCCUGUACCUCAAAGGGAUCCUGUCAUCGGAAAAAAUGUUUUUUUCAAAACGCAUCAGUUAAUAUUGCUACUCCAGCAGAAUUC